AUGACCAACGACUUAGGCGGAGCUGACAAGUGCGCGUCCCCGUGUGAUGCGCGCACAUGUCCGAGUCCCAGCUGUCCGGGCGCCUCGGUCCCAGACCGCUGCAACUGCUGCCUGCUGUGCCCCCCCGGGGAGGGGGAGCCCUGCGGCCGCAGAAGUGACCUCCCCUGCGGCGAAGGGCUCGAGUGCCGUCUGUUGAGCGCGGAGAGGCGCAGAGGGACGUGCAGAUGUCGAAGUCAGCAGGAAGUGUGCGGGACGGACGGGAACACUUACCCCAGUGUGUGCAGGCUGAGAGCCGCCAGCCGGGCAGCCCAGCACCGCGGCCAAGCGGAGGUCCGACUAGAGCACAGAGGGCCCUGUGCCAACCUCAGCUCAGGACACAAAUCAGAUCAUCACAGCAGUCCUCGCUUCAAAUUCAACUUUAUUGCUGAUGUUGUGGAGCGAAUAGCUCCUGCAGUGGUUCACAUUGAACUUUUUGUGAGACAUCCCUUGUUCGGCCGCCACAUGCGCCUGUCCAGUGGCUCAGGGUUCAUUGUGACACACACUGGUGUGAUUGUCACCAAUGCCCAUGUUGUGACCACCAUUAGCCCCUCAGUGACCAGCAGACCACAACUGCGUGUCCAGCUCCAGGAUGGAGGUGCUUAUGAAGCUGUUCUCAGAGAUGUUGACAAGAAGACCGACAUCGCCACAAUCAAGAUCAGUCCACAAAAGAAGCUGCCUGUCCUCUCUUUGGGCCCCUCCUCAGACCUGAGGCCUGGGGAGUUUGUGGUGGCCAUCGGAAGCCCCUUUGCUCUUCAGAACACUGUGACCACUGGCAUCGUCAGCACCGCGCAGAGGGAUGGCAAAGAGCUGGGCAUCAAGGACUCGGACAUGGACUACAUACAGACAGACGCCAUCAUCAAUUAUGGAAAUUCAGGAGGGCCACUAGUAAAUCUGGACGGAGAAGUGAUAGGCAUCAACACUCUGAAGGUCACCGCUGGGAUCUCCUUUGCUAUUCCUUCUGACCGGAUCAGCCGCUUCCUCACGCAGUCGAAAAUCAAGCACAAGAAAAAUCGGGGAUCAAAGACUAGCAGGAAAAAAGAGAAGACGAGGCUUCAACGAUAUACCAGCGAAUCCCGGUCUGUUGAAGACGCCCCACAUGUCAAAAGGAGAUUUCUGGGUAUAAAGAUGCUCACAAUUACAGAUGAUUUAAUCGCAGAGUUGCAGCUUGAGAACUCUCAUUUUCCGUCGGUCAGUCAUGGAGUUUUGGUGCAGCAGGUCAUUCCCAACAGUCCGGCUGAAAGUGGAGGGCUGAAGCAGGGGGAUAUCAUCGUGAAAUUAAACGGCCAAACGGUCUGGAGCAUUGAGGACAUCUGGGAGGCUUUACAAAGUCAACAUCCACUGCUGUUUGAGAUUCUUCGAGGCCAUGAAAGCCUUCUCUUUCACUUAGAACCACAAGAGUGA